AUAUGAUGAGGGAGGAUAAUAGUGACUCCUCAAACAGGGAGACAACCUUCUCUAGACCAAUGACAGAGACCACAGCAGAGGCCCAAAUUCUGCAUUCUCAUGCACAGUUGCCUACAGUCUCAACUUCAGCUUCAGACCCUGGAGGGAUAUCUACACAGCUGAUGACAUCCCCGGCCUUUGACACCAUGUCCACACCUCUAAUGGGAACACCAAAUUCUGGAGCAUUGUCCCCACCAUUAAUGUCAAACUCAGACUCUGAGACACUGUCCCCAUUGCUAAUGCCAACCUCAGACCCUGGAGCACUGUCUCCAUUGCUAAUGCCAACCUCAGACCCUGGAGCACUGUCCCCAUUGCUAAUGCCAGCCUCAGAUUCUGGAACAUUGUCCCCAUUGCUGUCCACUUCAGACUAUGGGUUAAUGUCCCCAGGGAUGAUGACUAUUCCUGAUUUUGGAACGAUGUCCGCAGCACUAAUGGCAGCAUCAGAUUCUGUAGAGUUAUCACCAUUGGCAAUGCCAGUUCAAUCCUCUGGAACAAUGUCUACACCUAUAAUGAGCACCUCAUCCACUGAGGCAAUGUCCACACCGUUAAUGCUAGCUUCAGAUCCUGGGGCGAUGUCCCCACUCCUAACACCAGAUAUAAACCCUGGAGUGAUGUGCACACAGCCAAUGCCAGCUCCAGGCUCCGAAGCAAUGUCCCCACUGCAAAUUACAGAUGAAGACACUGAAGCAAUGUCGAAAGUGCUAAUGACUGCCUUAGCCUCUGGAGAGAUAUCUUCACUGCUAAUGUCAGACAUGGACUCUGAAGUGAUAUCCUCACUGAUAAUGUCAGCUUUAGCUUCUGAAGAAACAUCAACCCAGCCAACAAGCACCCAAGACUCUGAGGGAAUGUCCACUCCACUCAUGACAAGCCCAGACUCUGGAGUAAUGUCUUCACUGCUAAUGUCGGCUCCAGGCCCUGCAGCACAGUCCACACCACUACGGUCAGUCCCAGAUGCUAGAGAAAUAUCCACAUUACAAAAGCCAGCUCCUGACACUGAAGCAAUGUCCUCACUGCUAAUGAUGGCCCUAGCCUCCGGAGUGAUGCCUGCCCAACCAAAGCCAGCCCCAGGUUCUGGAGUGAUGUCCCCACGGUUAACACAAAAGCUGGACUCUGAAAUCAUGUCUGCUCCACCAAUGACAGCAACAGCCUCUGGGGUGAUGUCCACCCCACCAAUGAAAGCUUCAGGCUCUGGAGCAAUGUCCACACCGCUAAUGAGAGCCCCAGCCUCUGGAAAUAUGUCCACGUUGCAAAAGACAGUUCCAGCCUCUAGAGCAAUGUCCACCCCACUGAUGACAGUCACAAGUUCUGGAGCAAGGUCCACAGAACAAAUGUCAGCCACAGCCUCUAGAGUGAUGUCCACACAGUUAACAAUGGCCAAAACUUCUGGAGCAAUGUCCACAGGCUUUAUGAAAGCCACGGCCAGUGGAACAAUGUCCACACAGCGAAUGAGAGCACCAGACUCUGGAACUGUGUCCACACCGCUAAGGAGAGCCUCAGCUUCUGAAGUGAUGUCCACGCAGCCAGUUAUGGCCACGGCCUCUCAAAUAAUGUCCAUGCCACAGCUGACAGCCUCAGCCUCUGGGUCAAUGACCAUGCUGCAAAUGAGAGCCCCUGUCUCUGAAGCAAUGUCCAUGUCACAAACCAAAGUUGCAAGCUGUAGAUCUAUGUCUUUGCCACAAACAACAUACACAGCUUCUGGAGGGAUGGCCACAUCACGAUUGAGAGGCUCAGCUUCUGGAGCAACAUCCACACCACUUAUGAGAGGCUCAGCUUCUGGAGCAAUGCCCAUGCCACUACUGAGAGCCACAGCCUCUGGAGGGAUGUCCAUGCCACAAAAGACCACCACAGCCUCUGGAGGAAUGUCUACACCCCUAAUGAGGGCCCCAGCCCCUAGAGCAAUGUUCACACCACAAACAGCCUUUGGGAUGAUGUCCACUCUGGAAAUCAAAACCACAGACUCUGGAGGGGCAUCUACCUCUUACAUCAACACCACAGCUUCUGGCUCAAAGUUCACACCUUACAUGACUGCCACAACUCCUGAUACAAUGAACCCACCACCAAAGGAAGUGCCAUCCUUCGGAAUGUUGACCCCAGCACUCUGUUACCUCUUGGAAGAGCAGGAAGCGGCCCGGGGUUCAUGCUCUGUGGAGGAAGAGAUGGAGGUUGAUGAGGAGAAGCAAAUGAAGGGAUUUUUGGACGAUUCAGAGAAAAUGGCGUUUCUGGUGUCUCUUCAUCUGGGGGCAGCAGAGAGGUGGUCCAUCUUGCAGAUGACGGCAGGAAAUCCCCUCUCAGAUGAAAAUAAAUCUUUCCUGAGAAGAUCACAGGGUUUAUAUGACUCCCUAUCUGAGAUAGACAUACUCAGUGCUAUUCUUUGCCAUCCCAAGCAGGGCCAGAAGUCAGUCAGGCAGUAUGCCACUGACUUCCUCCUGCUGGCCCGACAUUUGUCUUGGUCUGAUGCCAUUCUACGGACUAGGUUUCUGGAAGGACUUUCGGAAGCUGUUACCACCAAAAUGGGUCGGAUCUUCCUGAAGGUGGCCAGCAGCUUAAAGGAGCUGAUAGACAGGUCUCUCUACACUGAGUGCCAGCUGGCUGAAGAGAAGGGUUCCCAGGGCAAGUCAAGCCAGGUUCGUCCAACAGCCUGUAAGCGGAAUAAUGAGGAGGCCAUGGAGAAUGAACUGAGUUCUCAGCAGCAGACUGAGGAGCACCAGCAUGUUCCCAAACGCUGUUACUACCUGAAAGAGCAUGGAGACCCUCAAGAGGGUCUUCACGACCACCUUCGACAGAGCACAGGCCAUCAGAAGGCCCCCACUGACAAGUAAAGCUCCCUGGAUUCUUUUCCUGCGACAUCUGACUCGGCUGCUAACUUGAGGACUGGUUCCUGGACCCAUUCCAUUCAACUACAUCAUAAGCCUUGUUGCCUUCACCCUCCUGCCGCCGCCCCCCUCUCCCCCAGGCACAUCCCAUCUUAUCUCCCACUUGGCUGACUUGACCUUCUCUUUCACCCACAUGCCUGUGACCUGCCCUGACAAUCAGUGUGGACUACAAGAGCGUAUGGUGUACCAUUGAGGCCAGUCCUAGUUCUUGGUCUAGGGAGACGUCUAGGCAGGAGAAAUCAUAUCCUACCUCAAAAAUACCUCAGAGUGUCUUGCUAUGUGUCAUCAGGCAAAGUUGAGGGAACCCUGGUUCCAUUUUGCCUGACAGGGGAGCCAAUAAGGAGAGCGAUGCCCACUCCUGUACCACCCUUUUAACCCAGCAGACUUGUCCAUACAUGCCCCAACUCAUAGCACCUAGAAUGGGUCUCCAGGGCCCUUGCCCUGUUUAUAUUCUCCAUCCUGAACCAUUUGUUUUGACCCAUAAUAAUCAUAAUAAUAGUGAUAGUACUGGCUAACAGUUGUUGAUAACGUACCAUGUAACAGGUACGGGCUAAACCCUUGACAAGCACCAUCUCACUACAUUCUUACAGUAACCCAACUUGUUCUAGUGUUGUCAGCUUCUGACCUCUUGAUCUGCUGUUUAUGGUCCUUGUCAUGUCUCUCACUGUGGAAUUUCUAGCUCUGACCUCUGGGUGAUCGCAUCACUUGUUAGUUGCCCUCACUCCCCUUGGCUAUUUUGCUUCAUGGCCAGCACUCUUGAUAAGGGUCUUGGUCUCUAAACAGGCAUAGAUAGUUAGAACAUAAUAUGAGCAUUGUUUGCCUUCAGGUGGUGGAGUUAUGGGUGUUUUCUAUUUUCUUCUUUCUACUUCUCUGUACUUUCCAGAUUCUCUACAGCAAGCAUGUAUUACAUUUGUAACCAUAAAAGUAAAUAAAGUUCAUUUACCACAAAAGCAA